AGCCGCGUUAAUUGAAACAACUUGGACUCAACUAACUCAACUGCACCAUUUGCCCUAGCGGCUAGCGUUGCUUCUUGGUAGCUCAAUUUUAUUCUUUCUCUUCAAAAUCUUAACAAAUCAAAUAGCAGCUUCCGCAUUCACAGUUCACCGUCGCCUCCGUCCGUUGUUCAGUCAUCGCAUCGGAAUUUCCAUACUGCUCUCGUUAACUUACUUGACUUCUUCUUUAGUUUUUAUCAUGGAAGAUUCUGAACCCAAAUCCGCCGAAAACAACCAACAAACUGAACAAGUUUGUAGUUUUUUCCGAAAACCGGUUAAUAAGAAGAACAUAAGGAAGCGAACUAUUGAUAAUGAAGAUAAUGAGGAUGAUUCCAAUAAUGAAGAAUCUUUGAUGCAUGUUCAGAAAAAGAAUACAAAGACUGAUAAUAAGCUGUUCUUUUCCUCCGGGUCUUCCAAAAGCUCUGCAUCGACUGAACGGAACGAAGAAUCUGAGAAAAAACAUGGCUUUCAUUUUGAGUCAUCCAAAGAGAUUCAAGUUCAACAUGACAGCAAAGCAACAGCAACUCUAGAGACUGAGACUGAUUUUUCGAAUGAUGCUCGUGCUAGGCGUGAAAGAGCUCUUAAGCAAGCGUCGGAGACUCUUAAGGGAAAGGGAACUGGCUCCGAGGAUGGAAAAUUAUACAAGGGAAUGAAUAAUUACACAGAUCAUAAGGCUGGAUUUCGGAGAGAGCACACAAUUUCUGGUGAAAAGGCUGGUGGGUCACACGGUCCUCUUAGGGCUUCGGCUCAUAUAAGAGUGUCGGCUAGGUUUGAUUAUCAGCCUGAUAUAUGUAAAGAUUAUAAGGAGACUGGGUAUUGUGGUUAUGGUGAUUCGUGUAAGUUUAUGCAUGAUCGAGGAGAUUACAAAUCUGGGUGGCAGAUGGAGAAGGAAUGGGAAGAAGCUGAGAAACAAAGGAGGAUGCGUUUGGCUGCAGGUGAGGAUGCGGAAGAGGAGGGUGCCAAUUUGAAUGAUGAUGAAGAUGACGACGACGAUGAUGCAUUACCAUUUGCGUGUUUCAUUUGUAGAAAUCCAUUCGUGGAUCCUGUCUCAACGAAGUGCAAACACUACUUCUGCGAGCAUUGUGCAUUGAAGCAUCAUGCAAAGAAUAAGAAGUGUUUUGUUUGCAACCAGCCAACGCUUGGUAUUUUUAACGUUGCUCAUGAGAUACGGAAGAAGAUGGCUGAGGAUAAAUAAACACCUCAAUACAAUCAUUGAAUGUCUUUGCUUCUUUGAGGUCACCUUUUUUUCCUUCCAUUUUAAUUCUGUCAUAUGGAGAUGCUAUGUAAUGAGUUGAAAACAUAUGUUAGGUUUACGCAGUCUUGUUAUUUUUGUAUCUUUUUGACUAAUAGAUUCCGAAAUAUAUAAUAGUGAGAGAUUUGUAUCUGUUUAAAA